GUUGAAUAUCUAAGUUUACUUGCCGUUGGUGUCGUGGACACGGCCCCCUGGUAAGCCAUCUGCGCUCCCGCCCCCACAUUUCAACUGACCCCUGUCACUGCAUCAACCCCCACAUUUGAGCAUGUUUCUUCCAAAUCCAGACACCCAGAUCACCAUGGCAUGGUGGAACAUAAACCUCCCUCGCCGCUCCAUGCGUGAUCUUCUCUCCCAUACACGUUUCAUCGUCUGACAAGACAAUAACUUGCUCAUGCUGUUCUUCUCACUACGUAUUGCAAAGGCGAUAAAUAUAUCACUCACCACUUUCUCCGCGAGCCCUCCCGUCCUUGCCAUUCAAUUUAACAGAAAGAAUUCACCAAGCACUAUACCCCACGCGACGGCUAAACGGAUACAACAAAUACAUCAGGGCAGCGCUCUCCGAUCUGAUAUCACAAGAAUCGGGGAUCUCUUCUUUAUCAUCUUGCAACCUCGGGUCAGCCACAUCACGCAAUUGAGUCAGCAACGUGACAAGCAACAACACCCCCUGAGAUUCACCACCACUUAAACUCCAAUUGAGAUCCUCAGAGUCUCUCGCCCAUCCAAUAUCAACACAAUGGACCCAUUACUCUACGCCCGCCACGGCGCCGAAUCUCACUCGGGCCACACCACCACCAACACCGCCGCCGCAUCGACAAGCCCAGAUGGCUCGAUGGGCAUGGACACGCACAUGUCCAUGAUGGCCAUCUUCCAAAACUCCAUGUCCACCUCCCUGUUCUCGACGAAAUGGACACCGACCAACGCCGGCGCCUACGCAGGCACAUGCAUCUUUCUCAUUAUUCUUGCCGUCAUCUUCAGGGGGCUGCUAGCGUUCAAGUCAUGGCAGGAGCUGAGGUGGUUGGAUAAGGAGAUGAACAGGCGGUAUGUCGUGGUCAAUGGAAAAGCGCCACUGGCAGAGAAUCUCAGCAGGGAUUCGCUAGGCAAGGCGGCAGUGCUGAGCGAGAACGGGGUGGAGGAGAACGUGGUUAUUGUGCAGAGGAGGACAGGGAGCCAUGCGAGGCCGUGGAGGUUGAGUGUUGAUCCGGUGAGGGCAGCGAUUGAUACCGUCGUGGCGGGCGUGGGUUAUUUACUGAUGUUGGCUGUGAUGUCGAUGAACGUGGGGUAUUUCUUGUCCGUGUUGGGAGGCACAUUCUUGGGUAGUCUGCUCGUGGGCAGAUUUAUUUCUUCUACGGAACACUAACAUGGGGCAUUUGGGUACGAAGUUUAUGAGCGUGUUGGAAAUAGUUUUUGGGUAUAUAUUCUCGGAUGAGAACAUCAGAUAAAUGGCAUGGCAAAGGAAUGGAUCCUGGCGCAGAUGAAACAGCAUUCCACAUCUGAAGCAUGGAGAAGUUCCAUGGACAAGCACCAGAAUCAACAACAAUGCCAUUGUCAUGAC